AUGAAUAAUUAUAUAUGUAAAUGUUUAGUAUAAUAAUUAGACCAUAUUAACAAGAGAAGACUUUUGAAGAGUGUUACUUUAAUAAAUCUAAUAAAUACAUUAUAUGUUCUCAAUUAGUUAUAAUCAUAUAAUAAUAUAAUAAUGAAUCUCUCCAAGUCCAUUUCUCAGAAAGGGUUUAGGAUACUCUAGAAAUCUUCAUUAAGCCCCAGUCAUAAAUUGUCUCCAGAGAAGUCUAAACUCUCAUUCAAAACUCGAAAGAAUAGUGAAUUACUGAAGUUAAUGGUCUCACCAAAGCUAAUUACAAAUUAAACAACUUAAGAGGGAUCAUUUGUAAAGAGAGAAACUACUCUACAGAACUCAUAGAUAAUGGAUCUUAUAUUGGUCAUUGUACAUGUUGGAUAGUAGUAAUUCAGAUUUACUUUCAAUCGCAACAUCACUACAACCUAAAUACGCGCUGCUGUCUUAUAAAAGUUAAAACUCAAGAUUGUGGCAUUAAAUACAAUAGACCAUAACAUUCUCAUAGAUUAUUAUCUAACACUUGAAGAACGACCAAUCAUUUGGCCUGAAUUACAAUUAGAAUGUCAAGAACCAGUAGUAACAGGUCAACAUGUCUCACUUAAAGACUUUCAAAUUUUGAAAUGUAUUGGAGCAGGUGGAUUUUCAAAGGUUUACUUAGUGAAAUCAAAAAUGAAUGGUCAUUUUUAUGCCAUGAAAUUAGUAGACAAAGAGUUCAUCAUAAAGUAUAAAAAAGCAGGUAUAUUAUAUAUUUAUCAUAUAAAGAAUUACUAUAAAAUGAAAGAGAUAUAAUGGCAUUUAUCUAUCAUCCUUUUACAAUCUAAAUGCUUUUCUCUUUUGAGAGUCGAAACUUUAUUGUUUUCAUACUUGAAUUCUGUAGUGGAGGAGAACUCUUUUAUUAACUCAAAACACUUAAGAGAAUGUCCGAAGAGUAAGCUUAAUUUUACUUUGUGGAAAUAUGCACUUGUAUGUUAUAUUUACAUUAAAUGGGAAUAAUGUAUCGUGAUAUCAAACCUGAAAAUAUUCUUCUCGAUUUAGAUGGACAUAUUCGCAUCUCUGAUUUUGGACUCUCUAAACUUACUAGUCCAGAUGAGUUUGCUUAUAGUUUUUGUGGAUCUCCAGAAUACAUGGCUCCAGAAAUGUUACUCAAACGUGGACAUACUAUAUAAGUUGAUCAUUAUUGUCUUGGAGCUCUACUUUAUGAAUUAGUUACAGGUUUGCCACCUUUCUACAGCAAAAACACUCAAAAAAUCUAUGAUUCAAUACUUAAUGAAUAAGUUACAUUUCCACAAUUUCUAAGUCAAGAAAUUAAAGAUCUUAUGUCUGGUUUAUUAGCCAAAGAUCCUCAUAAGAGAUUAGGAGUUAGAGGAGGAGUAAGAGAAAUCCUAUAACAUAAAUGGUUCAAAAAGGUUAAUUUGACUGACAUUCUUAUGAAAAGAGUGACUCCUCCUAUUAGACCUGAUAUUCAGAAAUUGAAUUUUGAGACUAAAAAUUUACAAUAAGGAGAUUUAGAAGUAAGAGAGAAGUUGAUUGGAAAAGCAGGUUUCAAAAAAGAUUUUAAAAUUUUUGAUGAAUUUUACUUUGAUUAUAGAGAAAAUGUACGAAUAGCAGAUUAACAAAGAUUAUUGAAAGAACAUAUAAAGAAUGUAGAUUCUAUUCAACAAUAGAAAUCUCGUUCAUUAGAUAAGAUUAUAUCUGAAGACAGUAGAUAAUCAAAAUUACAAAAACGAUUAGAGUAACAGACUUCUUUGAGAACAAGUCCUUAAAAAGGAUCUACAUUAAUGAAUAACAAUUUCAUGCAAACAGGAGGAUUGAAAACUGAAAGCUCUGAUCUAACAUCAAGUAAAAGACGCAUAACUUGA